UGCAAAGCCAUCAUAUUGGUGGUGGCGAUUGACUUCUGGGCUCGCCGAGUCCGCGAGCGACACCCUUUACCGGGCGAACUCUGGCGGUCGCGAUGACAGAGCUUCCACCUCCACCACAGACUGCUGUCUUCCAUAUAGACCAUAAACGGCGCAAGGUCACUCCUGAACGAGCAAAGGCAAACUAUCUUGUCGGACAACUGCGGUUGCGGUUGCAGUAUGCCAAAUUGAAGGUCGAGCAUGGAUGGCAAAGGCAAACGCUCAAUGAGGUUGAAAACCUGUACUUCCGUCAUACACACAAGAACCGCCCUCCUGCGACGCCCAACUUGGGCGGACGACGGACGAGUGGCUCGAAUGGCGCCCGCUAUACACCAAACAUGCUUUUCCCGGUGAAUGAAUAUCGCCCCGAACACAAUGCUGCCACGGAACAUGAGGUCCUGCACAAGGGCGAGGUAGCUCAUUUUCAACUGGUGCCUGCUAUCGCAGACGGGGUGGUCGCCACGGAAAUGGACGAAGUACCGCCUUCGACAGAACCCGCUGAGACAAGUGCCGCACCUGCCAUCUCCGUUCGACGCCCGCACAGCGGGCAAAGUGGGCCCGACUCCGGCACGCUCGAGCAAGCUGCGGCCUCAAUGUUCAGCCCGCCACCGCCGGUCACCGCCGCACACACGUCGUCCCAACUGAACAUUGAAGGGCCGGUCCCGCCAUCAUCAAUACCGAUGACAGAUGCCACCCUCGUUCCACAUUCGAACGGGAUGAUGCCCGCGCACUUGCAACAUGCCAAUGUACCCUUCAGCAUGAGCGAACCCAGCUUCUACCAUCCAGGUCAGCAGGGGCAUGACCCGUUCUACGCUGCCCAAACGCAAGCAUUUCAGUACGAGUUCCACUAUCACACACCGCAACCGCCGCCCGCCCCGCCGCCCUCGCAGCUACAACAGGACUUCGCCCAAUCCCUGCCCCCACCGUCUCACACGCAACUUCAGACACCUCCGCAGCACCAUCCCUCACCUCAAUCACGGCACACGCAACCUGAUACCUUCCGCCCGAUUGCACCGGCUGCUCCACCUUCGCACGCACCCGCGCCUGCCAACCAGACCCUCACGUACGACGCGUUCUGGUCAUCCCACUCACUGUCCGCGCCGUCCUACCGGAACGUGUUGUUCAACUCCCCCGAAUCGACAGCCCAGGGCAUGGGCGGGCACGAUGUUCACGCUCGGCCUGGUGCGCUAAGUCUUGCUCACGGUGGCGUACCCGUGUUCGCACCGAUGCCCGCUGCCGGUCUGUCUGAUAUGUCGGCGGCGCAUGCGCCGGCACAAAAUGCCUAGAGCUCUGGUCUAUCCCGCAUCUAUUCUAUAUCUGGACAAUGUUUUCGCGCACACGCAUAUGCUAUCGUCCAUCUACUCAGUGCUCAGUACCCGUAACUCAUGAGUUUAUUUGUAUCAUAUCUUCAUCGUGCUUGCACCGCAAUGUAGUUCCCUUCUGGUAUCAAAGUUUUCUUGGCUUCAUUGUAACAAGAUAGGUUUACGUCUUGUACGGAAAGGGCUCAGCCCUUACACGAGUGCUUAUACCCGAAUGAUGUAGUGGCUUGCGAGCGAAGGAGCC